AUGUGUCCCACUCACUUUUCAUUGAACUGGUUGUCUGCUAAAUGCGGAAUUUUUUCUCUUUCUUCAUUUGAGGUCAUCAAAGCCGCAAAAUUAGUCAUUUUGGGGGUGCAACCCAAACUGUUGUCCCUUAAAAAAAAGUAUUUUAAAUGUCCCCAGUACUUCGAAUUGGAGCCACAUCUUUCUGAUAGGUUUACGGACAACUCUUGGGUUACUGACACAGGAACUAUUCAAGAUAAGCCUUUCAAUAAAGAAACGUUUAUUGCAAGUAUUCGUAACGAAGAUAAGAAGAGCAAAAAAAAAAACAAGAAACAAAAAAAAACAAAAACUCCCGUGUAUGAUGAGCUUAUGGAACGUUUUGAAAUUGAAACUGGAGCUAAUGGCAGUAAUGCUGGUGGAAGUGAAUCAGGUUCGAAUACUACCAAUGACAGUGAAAAGUCGACGUCUGUUGUGGCUCUGGAAGCAUGUAAUGUAGCGAUGUGUUCCGAUAAUGCAUCUACGAUGUGA